AUGUAUGCAACAUACCCGAUGGACAUGGUUCGAGAUAAAUCUCCUAAUCAGUAUAGAGGAAUGUUUCAUACUUUGUCAACUGUGCUUCGUGAGGAAGGUUUUCGUGCUCUGUACAAGGGUUGGCUUCCUUCUGUCAUUAGAGUCAUUUUGGAACUUUCUGCAUUCAUUAUAUUCUGUUCUGCAGGGGGUGCUGGGUGGCAGAAUCUGCUCUCAGGAUUGUUUGACAAACUCUUCAUUUCCGAGAAUCUUGCCGAACUUGAUGACUGGUUUGGUGAUUUGAACCCUGAAUCUAAAGUAGUUAUAUCCGAGGCGUAUACUGUACCUUCACUUACGGUUGGAGAUAGAUUUCGGUUUGAAAGGCUUGUUUUAAUAGGGGAGGAGCCACCAUGA